UAGACGCAUGGAUCGGCUUAUGUAAGAUCUCGCAAGCACCGCAACGGUCAAAGCUUCUCCCUCCUUCACUGCUUUGCACAGUUCGUGCCUUCCGAUUCAGGAAAUCCCAGCAUUCGCAUCAUAUUGCAGACAAUCUCCAAAAUGGCGGACUCUGCAACAGCAGCCAAGCAGAACGACAGGAGCAAUGGCGAAGACCAAGAAGCCGAUGCACUCGUUGUCGCCGCCGACUCCCCCGCCCACCGCAUCAGCGACCUCUGCCGCCAAUUCUACACGCUCGGCUGGGUAACCGGCACUGGGGGCGGUGUUAGCAUACGUAAAGGCGACCACAUCUUUCUCGCGCCUUCUGGAGUACAGAAAGAGCUGAUGCAGCCCACCGAUAUGUUCGUGAUGGACUAUCAUACUAAGCAAUACAUUCGCAAGCCUCCGGUACUGAAACCAUCUGCUUGCACUCCUCUUUUCCUAGCAGCCUAUACACGCCGCAAUGCCGGCUGCUGCAUACACACGCACUCACAGUGGGCUGUCCUUGUUACUCUGAUAUGCGAGGCUGGCCUGCAAGACUCUAGCCAGCGUGAUGUCUUCUGUAUUAAAGAGAUCGAGCAGAUCAAAGGCAUAUCACGCGGCGGUUCAGGCAGCGAUGAGAUUGCGGAAGGCGGCCGGAAACUCGGUAACUUAGGCUACUUCGAUACCAUGAGAAUACCUAUUAUCGAAAACACUGCACAUGAGGAGGAUCUGAGAGACACACUAGAGGCGGCGAUUGAGAAGUGGCCGGAAACCCCCGCCGUGCUGGUCAGAAGGCAUGGAGUCUAUGUCUGGGGGAAGGAUGUGGCGCAAGCGAAGACGCAAUGUGAGAGUCUGGAUUACCUGUUCCAGCUGGCGGUGGAAAUGCAUAAGCUGGGGCUGAAGUGGGUGAGCUGAUGAGUGCUGAGGCAUAACGGCACGAUGUUCGACUGAACCGCAA